GGUGCUGCACUCGAUCCCAGGAGGUUUGAUAUUGCUAGACAAAAAGUUGAUAUGUCGGCAACGUUAUUGCAGAAUCUCGGAUCCGUCCGGGAUGCAGUAUUGGAUAAUUUGAUUCAGUGUGUGUACAAUGAAGCACAUACACGUAAAAAUAGAGGUAGAGGUGGUGCAACAGUUGGUCCUGGUUGGGUCAAAGGUGCGUAUAUCUGUAAAUGCCGUGAGGGCUUUUAUAGUCCCAUCACUUCCAUUAGAAAUGGAGAAGCUGCUGUCUUUGAUGGAGAACUCGUUGAGGCUGUUUGGAAGGACAUGCAGAUGAACAAGAGCAGUUCGUAUGACGAGAAGUUUCGGUGCCUCAAAUGUGCCCCAGGCUGUCUAACAUGUCGAGGACCUGAACCCUGUCUCGCUAGUUACAGUUGGCCUUUUAGGAUCACAUUGUUGUCUUUCUCGGUAUUCUGUGCUUGCUGCGCAGUUCUCCUUAUCGUCUACGUCUAUCAGCAUCGUAAGCUCAAAGUUUUCAAAGUUGCCUCACCAAUUUUUCUCUCCAUCACACUCCUUGGUUGUGCCAUAAUGUACCUCGAGAUGGCUGCCAUUUUUCCAGUGCUAGAUUUAUAUUCCUGCAUUGCUACAAAGUGGACGAGGCACUUGGGGUUCUGCGUCUCCUAUACAGCACUUUUAAUGAAGACCUGGAGAGUAUCACUGACGUAUCGCGUUAAGAGUGCACACAAAGUCAAACUCACUGACAAACAGCUCCUGCAGUGGAUGGUACCGGUUCUCCUGGUGAUGCUGAUUUAUCUAGGCACUUGGACCCUCAGUGCGCCUCCCGAUGCCAAAGUCAUCGCAGACGGUCAGGGUUUAGAGUUUUAUCAAUGUGAAUACAACUGGUGGGAUCAUAGUUUAGCAAUUGGCGAAAUUCUCUUUCUUGCCUGGGGCAUUCGGGUUUGCUACAACGUCCGGAAUGCUGAGAGCCUCUUCAACGAGGCUCGACUCAUCAGUUACGCUAUUUACAACAUCGCCGUUGUGAAUACCACAAUGAUUGCUAUCCAUCUCUUCAUCUUCCCUCAUGCGGGUCCAGAUAUGAAGUAUGCCCUUGGCUUUCUUCGCACUCAGUUGUCAACUUCGGUUACAAUAUUUCUCGUCUUUGGUCCCAAGGUAAUUAUU